AUGGAUUUGGCUCUCCCCGCAGCCAGCAGGCCCUGCGGCUGCGAUGCGAAAACACCGAAAGCCUCGGGUCUCCCAUCAGACAGCAUCAUGCUGGCCGGCCCCAAAAAGCUGAGCCUGCGAAUCCUUCAGGAUUUCAGCGGCAGCAACGGCUCCUUGGAGAAAAGCCCCCGGCUGCAGGGAGCAGGGCCACACACAAGGGCUGGAGAGCCGGGGGUCCAGCGCUGGCGCGGAGAUGGAGAUGCAGGGCGGACUGAGGGAUCAAAGCUGGUGGCGCUCUUUGAGCAUCCUCUUUACAACAUCCCAGUCCCGGAGGUGACAGAGAAAGACAAGCUGUUUGUCGUCAACCCCAUGGAGAAGUUCAGCCUGCGCAGCAGCGGCAGUGAUGAAUGGGUCAGCAGCAGUAAAGCCGAGACGCUCCUCCCGACAGGGAAGACGGCCUAUGACACCUACCCCACCUGGCUCAAAUUCCAUGUUGGCAUAGUUGGCAUCAACCGCUACGAGCUGUACCCCCGCCGGGACCCCCUGAUGCCCACCCUCCUCCGGGACUUGGCCACGCAGAGGAUUGUCAGCUCAGUCCAGAAGUCCGGUGGGACCCAGCUCAAGCUCAUCAUGACGUUCCCGAAUUACGGGCAGGCCCUCUUCAAGCCCAUGAAGCAGACCCGGGACCAGGAGACCCCCAUUGACUUCUUCUACUUCUCAGACUUUGAGCGGCACAAUGCGGAGAUUGCAGCCUUCCACCUGGACAGGAUCCUGGAUUUCCGGCGAAUCCCCCCAGUUUCUGGCCGUUUGGUCAAUAUAACGAAGGAGAUUCGUGACAUCACCACGGACAAGAAACUGGCCAAGACUUUCUUCAUCUCCCCAGCGGGCAACGUCUGCUUCUACGGGGAGUGCUCCUACUACUGCUCCACUGAGCACGCGCUCUGCGGCAAGCCGGACCAGCUGGAGGGCUCCAUGGCUGCCCUGCUGUGGGAGCUGAACCCCAACUACUGCGCUCAGGUGCGAGAGACGCCGCCCUACGACAGGGGCCAUCGCCUACUUGACCUCAUCGACAUGACGGUCCUUGAUUUCCUUAUGG